GACGAGAAAUUAUUCGUGAGCUACAAAGGUUUUUCCAUCAGCAUAACGCAUUAGUUCAAUUGUUUAAAAUUGCUCUCGAUCGUAUGCCAACUGAUAAUCACAAAAUCGUAAUAAGAGCUGAUAGAACACCUUUUGGAGAGCAUGCAAGGCGAUUUAAUGCACCAACAAUUGAUGAGGUUGCAAUUGUAAUUCUUGGUGAUCAGUUUCAAUCCCGUGAUAUUGUACUUCAUCGUAGAAAUGAGCCAUUAGAAUGCGUAACCAGGACGUUGAAGUUGAUAAUCGUUGGGUGGUUCCGUAUUGUCCAUUAUUAUCGAAAAUAUUCAAGGCUCAUAUAAAUGUGGAGUAUUGUAAUUCAGUCAAAUCCAUUAAAUAUAUUUGCAAGUAUGUAAAUAAAGGGAGCGAUAUGGCUGUUUUCGGUGUAGCUGGUGAUAAUAGAAAUGAUGAAAUUACUCAGUAUCAACUGGGGCGCUAUAUUAGUAGUAAUGAAGCUGUCUGGAGGAUUCUGUCGUUUCCAAUGCACGAAAGACAUCCUGUGGUUGUUCACUUAGCUGUGCAUCUUGAGAAUGGCCAACGUAUUUAUUUUAAUGAAGCAAAUGCAUUGGAAAGAGCAGCACACCCACCAGCGACUACGUUGACAGCUUUUUUCAAAUUAUGCGAAACUGAUACAUUUGCUAGAAAUUUGUUAUAUUCCGAAGUGCCUCAGUACUAUACAUGGAAUGUGUCUUCAAAAAAAUUUCAAAGACGUAAACAAGGAACAGCAGUCGAUGGGCAUUCAGGCAUUUUCAAAACAGAUGCAAUUGGGAGAAUGUAUACAGUACAUCCAAACAAUGCUGAGUGUUUUUAUUUGCGAUUGCUAUUAGUUAACGUCAAUGGCCCAAAAUCAUUUCAAGAAUUAAGAACAGUCGACGGUCAUUUGUGUCAAACAUAUCGUGAAGCAUGUCAACUCUUGCAUUUGUUGGAGGAUGAUGCACAUUGGGAUUCAACACUUAAUGAUGCAUCUACGUCAGCUCAUCCACAACAAAUACGAAUGCUAUUUGCCAUUAUAUUAUCGACAUGUAUGCCAUCAAAUCCACUUGAAUUAUGGAACAAAUAUAAAAAUUAUAUGGCAGAAGAUAUUUUAAUUCGUAUGCGUCAUCAUGCAAGAAAUCCUGAUUUGUUGAUUACCUUGGAAAUGUGCAACGAAGCUUUGAUAAUAAUUGAAGAUAUAUGUCUAACGAUUGCAAAUAAAGCAUUAGUACAAUUGGGUAUGACCGCACCAAAUCGUCCCAUGCAUGAUUUGUUUGAUCGUGAAUUGCAACGUGAGCAGGAAUUCAACUGUAAUGAUUUGCGUUUAUUUGUACAAUCGAAUAUAACCAAAUUAAAUAUUCAGCAAAAACAUGUAUAUGAUACAAUCAUGCAAGCCGUUUCCAAUAAUGCAGGUGGAUUAUAUUUUUUGGAUGCACCUGGUGGCACAGGUAAAACGUUCGUUAUAUCAUUGAUUUUAGCGACUAUUCGAUCAGAUCAGAAAAUUGCACUAGCACUUGCAUCUUCGGGAAUUGCUGCUACAUUAUUAGAAGGUGGUCGGACCGCACACUCUGCAUUAAAAUUGCCAUUGAAUGUACAGGUGAUUGAAACUCCAACUUGCAAUAUAUCGAGAAAUUCUGCUAUGGCAAAAGUUCUGCGAUUAACGUCAAUUAUUUUAUGGGAUGAGUGUACAAUGGCGAAUAAAAAAUCACUAGAAGCAUUCAAUCGAACAAUGCAAGAUUUACGUGGUAAUCAACAGCUUUUUGGUGGUGCUUUGAUAUUACUUUCAGGGGAUUUUCGUCAAACAUUGCCUGUCAUUCCUCGAUCAACUCCUGCUGAUGAAAUAAAUGCCUGCUUGAAGUCAUCAGUUCUUUGGAGAUAUCUACAAAAAUUGACACUAAACAUUAAUAUGCGUGUUCACCUACAAAAUGAUCCAGCUGCCCAUGAGUUCUCAAAACAAUUGUUAGAAAUUGGUGACGGCAAAAUACAAAUCGACAGAACCAACGGAUUGAUCGCUGUACCGAACAAUUUUUGUACAAUUGCGCAAUCGAUAGAUGAAUUGAUUGAAUGUGUUUUUCCGAAUAUUGUUCAGAAUUACAGAAAUCAUGAUUGGUUGACAGAACGCGCCAUUUUAGCACCGAAAAACAUUCAUGUCAAUGCAAUUAAUUUUCAAAUUCAAGCGAAACUGCCAGGCGUAGUCACGAAAUAUAAAUCAAUUGACAGUGUUAUGAAUCAAGAUGAGGCAAUGAAUUAUCCAAUUGAAUUUUUAAAUUCAUUGGAGCCGGCUGGUAUGCCACCGCAUUGCUUGAAUCUGAAAGUUGGUUCUUCGAUUAUAUUAUUGCGAAAUAUUAAUCCACCAAAACUGUGUAACGGAACCAGAUUGGCAGUGAAAAAGUUAUUGCCAAAUUUGAUUGAAGCUACGAUCUUAACUGGUAAAUCAAAAGGAGAAGUUGUUUUGAUACCGCGUAUACCUAUGAUUCCAACUGAUAUGCCUUUUGAGUUCAAACGUUUACAAUAUCCUGUGCGUUUAUCAUUCGCGAUGUCCAUCAACAAGGCCCAAGGUCAAACACUUCACGUUUGUGGUGUGAAUUUGGAGGAACAUUGUUUUUCACAUGGCCAGUUAUAUGUUGCCUGUUCCAGAGUCGGUACCCCCAGCCGUUUGUUUAUUUAUGCUCAAAAUGGAAAAACAAAAAAUAUUGUUUAUCCAAAUGUUUUGGAUUAAGUGUGUUGUAAAUAGCUAGCAAUUGAUUUCGAUUUUAAAUAAAAUAUUUUUUUGAUUAAAUAAAUGAAUUUGAUGUUCCGA